UCUUCGGUGAAGAGAGUAUUUUAGUGGCAACUCGGACUCAUUUUAGUACGGAUCAGUAAGAGGGCGAUCUAAAGUCUUCAGUACACUUUGCAAUGUGGAAGACUGACAACUCUGGCCAUAGCAGUAAUAUCGAUUGUAUGUUCUCUAUCUGAAAAUAUUUUUGGCUUCACCAUUGAAUCGGAGGACUAAGGGAUUUAAGGAUGAUCUUUGCAAACACUGCCAACCCAGUGAGGACCCCAUAUCGAAAACAGCCUCCGCCCUCUCUUCCUAUGGCUCCGUCCAGCCCAAGCACCAAUAGCAGCACCAAUAACAGCAGCAGCAGCAGCAGCAGUACGACUGGCUGGGAGCAACUCAGCAAAACCAACCUCUACAUCCGUGGCUUACCCCCAGCAACCACUGAUCAUGACCUGGUUAAACUCUGCCAGCCCUAUGGGAAAAUUGUAUCAACAAAAGCCAUCCUGGAUAAGACAACAAACAAAUGCAAAGGCUAUGGCUUUGUAGACUUUGACAGUCCAGUUUCAGCCCAGAAAGCUGUGGCAGCAUUGAAGUCCAGUGGAGUUCAGGCUCAGAUGGCCAAGCAACAGGAGCAGGACCCGACCAAUCUGUACCUGUCCAACCUGCCUCUGUCCAUGGACGAGCAGGAGCUGGAGAAUCUGCUCAAGCCCUUCGGCCAGGUUGUCUCUACACGAAUCCUCAGAGACACGAACGGUGUGAGCCGAGGAGUAGGCUUUGCCAGGAUGGAGUCAACAGAAAAGUGUGAUGCUGUUAUCUCUCACUUCAAUGGCAAGUUCAUCAAGACAGCGUCUGGAAAUCUAGGUGCAUCCGAGCCUUUACUUUGUAAGUUUGCAGAUGGUGGACAGAAAAGGAGGUUGAGUCAGAAUAAGUACGUGCCCAAUGGAAGAAGCUGGUCCAGAGACGCUGAGGGUGGCAUGACGCUGACAUAUGACCCCAAUACAGCUGCCCUUCAGAACGGGUAUUAUGCCUCUCCCUACAUGGGGAACAGGAUUAUGGCUCAGACGGCUGUGUCUCCCUAUAUCUCUCCGGUCUCCACCUAUCAGGUACAGAGUCCCUCUUGGAUGGCACACCAACCUUACAUCAUGCAGCACCCGGGUGCAGUUUUAUCGCCCUCUAUGGAACAUCCCAUGUCAUUGCAGCCUUCCUCCAUGUUGGCUCCUCUUACCCAGCAGAUGGGCCAUCUCUCUUUAGGCAGCACUGCAACAUUUAUUCCUGCAAACACCGCUAUGCAGGGAGCCUAUAUUCCACAGUACACCCAUGUACCUCCUGCUGCCAUCCCAGCUGAAGACAACAGUGCACAGCCACAGGGAGACUCAUCUAGCGAUCCCUCCCAAUACAGCUAUCAGCCCGCCAAGCAAUAACCAGGUGAACAGCUAGAAACCGUGAUUGAGGAGGUUGCUAUGGCCGCAGGUGCGCAUUACUCUGAGCGGAAGUGACAUCAUGGAGAUUGCAAUGUUUUUGUAUAGGUCCCAAAAUACUCCUGUCCACAAUUGUUACGACAGAAACUCAAAUUGCCUCACAAACCUACAGCUGGUUUAAAAUGAAGGACUCAAGCAACCACAAACAACUUAUACAACUGAAGGAAG